UUAAUCACGGAACAAAUCUUAUUUGGGCUCAGACUCCACAAGUAAAGGUGUACACAGUCUCACGCCUGGUGUCCAUACAAGGUGACCCCAACACAUGGGUUACCAACAGAAAACCUCAGGUAACCUACAUAAGUGCUCCACAUUUCACCUGGGAAUUCAAGGCUCUAGGGUUCCACUGGGAGGACCAGACUUUGUUCUGGAGUGAAAGCAUGAACAAGAAAAUACAGGUAGAUUAUGUUGUAAAUAACAGCCUAGUUCUCAAUGGCUCCACUGACACUAGAGCUCUGUUUGCUGGGACAUCUCCUGAAGUGUAUGGGAUUGCUGUGGAUUGGUUGUCUAGAAAUGUUUACUUCACUGAUGCCCUCUAUAACUGGAUCAUGAUGACAUCCUCGAACCCCAACCAGCAUGCAUACAAGAUAGUAGUGCAGGACAAACUGGACUCGCCUCAUGGCGUGGCUGUGUAUCCACAGAAAGGCUACCUUAUCUGGUCUGACUGGGGAGAGAGGCCAAAAAUUGAAAUCUCCGAUCUGCUGGGUGCAAAUCGACGACCACUGGUUGAAAAAGACAUAGUGAAACCUGGAGGUUUGACAGUCGACUACGGUCGUAACUAUUUGUACUGGGUGGAUUCUUUUAAAGCUACAGUGGAGGUGGUUCAGUUCAAUGGUCAGGGUCGAAGAGUCAUUCACCAAGAAGAAGGAACCAACUUUUAUGGAGUGGCAUUGUAUAAUGAUUUCAUUUUUGUGACUGAGCGAAGUCGAGGGAUGCUGAAAGUGUUCAACCAACAACAGAGUCUGGUCAGCUUCACUCUGGGAAAUGUGCCUUAUGACAUUAUCAUGUAUGACAGCUCUAGACAACCUGGCAACUCUUCCGAGUGUGAGGAUUUGGGGUGUGAGCAGCUGUGUGUCCUGGACCCACUGACAGGAGCCAGGUGUUUAUGUGGGGAAGGAUAUGUGCCUGAGGAUGAACUCAGUAUGUCCUGCAAACCUUCCUUGAAAUUUGUCCAUCCAUCCCACAUCUAUGCUAUCAGAGAUUCCAUCUGCCAGUACCCGGCCAACUUGGCCGACAUGUCCUUGACCAAUGUGACUUUGGAUUCGCAGUGCUUUUUGGAAGACAGACAGGGUUAUAUGACCUUGACAUUUGAUGCUCGGGAGAAUAUGAUCUACUACUUUGGAAACAACACGAAAACCAUCAGUCGCCUCCCCCUUGAAUUGGGUGGCAAGAGCAAGGUUAUCACUGGGAGUACAGGGGUCGUCAAAGGUAUGGCUCUAGAUUGGGUGGCUGGAAACUUGUAUUGGACAGAUAGCACUAACGGUGUCAUUAAAGUGGCCAGGAAAUCUGGAGCAUAUCAGGUGACAAUUAUGGAAAACCUGACUCAUCCUGUGGGUAUUGCAGUGCAUCCUGGAAGAGGGCAAAUCUUUUGGACUGAUCAUGGGCACCUUCCAGAUAUUGGAGCCAGAAUAGAGAGAGCCAGUAUGGAUGGCACAGGUCGAGAAAUUGUAAUGGCAGACAAUAUAGGAGAACCAAAUCACCUAUACAUUGACUAUGAGAAAGAUUUAGUGUACUGGGCCGACUCCCUCCUCAACCAUGUGAGACAGUUGGAUCUUGCUACAGGAAGAAUUACAGUUGUCUAUGAACAGUCUAUGGUGAAAUUCUAUGGUUUGUCAUUCUUUAAGGACUUUAUCCUGUGGACAGACACUGAAGACUUCAAUGGUAUCCAUAUUGCUCGUAUGGAUAAAAAAGAGAAAGUGAGGGGUAUCAUUCACCCCAGAAAUGGACUGGCUGCAGAUCUCAUCACUUUUGAUAUUCAGAACCAGCCAAGUUUUAACAACACCUGCAUGGAGGGCCAGUCACCAUGUUCUCAGCUCUGUCUUAUAUCCCAGGCAAACACAUCCAGGUGUUUCUGUGGGGCUGGGUAUGAACUCUCGCUGGAUGGCUUUACUUGCAGUUCCUCCCCUGUCAUGGACAACUUCCUGCUGGUCAAUGAUGCCUACCAGAGACAGAUCUUCCAGGUGAACCUGAAAACAGCCACAGUAGAAGCUGUGGAUCUACCUCCAAACCACGAGCCUAUUGCUCUGGCUUAUGACCCGUUUGAAGUCAAGGUUUGUAUUUAUACAUCUUCCAUGUGUGAUGGGCUAGCAGCCGACUAUAUCAACAAGUUGUUGUUUUUUACUGACACUGGCACUGAUGUCAUUGGUGUCAUCAGUUUGCGCAACUACCAGCUGUAUACUUACAUCAUUACGACAUCACUAGAUGAACCACGAGACAUUGUUGUUUCACCCAAUCAGGG